GUGUCGAGCGCGGCCAAAGCGUGCAUGCAUCAACUCGCUGCUAGAUCUAGUCAUUUGCAGCGCCCCCGAUUUGAGCAGUGCGUGACUACUUGUGUUGCUUGCUCAAUUUACCAGCAGUCGUGGCUACGUAUCUGAACGACCAUUCUAUCCUUGCACCGCUCGUGUAGGCGUUAUACUCUGACUCGGAUUUGAGCCAACCCCUUUAUCAGUGCACACAUACGUAUUCGCUCUGGCGUAAGACACCUAUUUGGUGACUGGCCGCCGAAGAUGCUGGGCUCACAAAGUUUCCUCGGCAAGCGGCAAGCUUUCCGCAGUGGAAAGCUACCCGGGCGGGCGCGAUGCCAAACGGUCCGCGUCUCCGCGGCCGUGCACGACAUUUCCAAGACUGAGAAGGCGCCACGCCGUGUGGUGGUGACGGGCAUGGGUCUGGUGUCGUGCCUGGGCCAUGACCACGACGAGUUCUACAACAACCUGCUGGCCGGCAAGUCCGGAAUCACAAACAUCGAGGGCUUCCCCUGCGCGGACUACACGACGCGCUUCGCUGGCGAAAUCAAGUCUCUUGACUGCACCGGCUAUGUCACCAAGAAGUUUGAGAAGCGCGUGGACGCUGUAAUCAAGUAUAUCUUGGUGGCUGGCAAGAAGGCGCUAGGGGACGCGGGCCUGGCGUGGGACGGGCAGGAGAUCAAGGACCUGGACCGCAUGCGCUGUGGCACGCUGGUGGGCACGGCCAUGGGCGGCAUGACCUCAUUCGCCAACGCCGUGGAGGCGCUGGAGACGUCGGGCUACCGCAAGAUGAACCCCUUCUGCAUUCCCUUCGCCAUCACCAACAUGGGCGGCGCCAUGCUGGCCAUGGACAUCGGCUUCAUGGGACCCAACUACUCCAUCUCCACAGCCUGCGCAACCGGCAACUACUGUAUCAUGAACUCGGCAGAGCACAUCCGGCGCGGUGACGCGGACCUGAUGCUGGCGGGUGCGGGUGACGCCGCAAUCAUCCCCUCCGGCAUUGGCGGCUUCAUUGCGUGCAAGGCCCUGUCCAAGCGCAACGAUGACCCCGCCGCCGCGUCGCGGCCUUGGGACACGGACCGUGAUGGCUUCGUUAUGGGCGAGGGCGCGGGUGUGCUGGUGCUGGAGGAGUAUGAGCACGCCAAGGCGCGUGGCGCCCGCAUCUACGCCGAGUACGUGGGCGGGGCGGUCACCUGCGACGCCCACCACAUGACGGAGCCGCAGCCAGAGGGCAAGGGUGUGAUCAUGUGCCUGCAGCGCGCGCUGGCGUCUACGGGUCUGUCCGCCUCUGACGUCAACUACGUGAACGCGCACGCCACGUCCACACAGGCUGGCGACAUGGCUGAGUACCGGGCGAUCAACACGGUGUUCAACCAUUCGGACCUGCGCAUCAACGCCACCAAGUCCAUGAUCGGCCAUCUGUUGGGCGGCGCUAGCGCAGUAGAGGCGGUAGCGACCAUCAAGGCCAUCCAGACGGGUUGGCUCCACCCGAGCAUCAACCUGCACACCCCCGAGGCGGGCGUGGACCUGGUGCGCGUGGUGGCGGGCGCCAAGCAGCACCACCCCAUCAAGGUGGCGCUCUCGAACUCGUUCGGCUUCGGCGGCCACAACAGCUGCGUGAUGUUCAAGCCGCCCCCGCAGUAAGCGGCAGCGGCUUUGGGCCGGCUGUACGAGGUGCAGAAGGCAGCAACUCGGAUCUUAAAGCUUCGAUACAGCUGAGCAUCUUGGAAGCAAGGGGCGGUGCUUGGUGAGGGUACGGAGCAGGAAUGGAUGAAUGCUCAGAGGCCGAGGACAUGCGCACAUGCUUGUGCUUGGACAAGGGGUUGCAAGGGAUCAUCUCUGUAAGAUGAUGUGGGAAUGGGGUGGGGUGGAUAGGAAUGCAGAUCAGCUCUUGAAGGGUGUGUGUGGCUCAGAGGUAGGGCUGUGGAUGCUUGACAGUUGACAGUUGAAGUGGAGGGCAUAACUGUGAUUGUGGCUUACUUGAGAAGAUAACCAUUCCCCAGCAGUGAGAGCUCGGCUUCAUACCUUGCUCGCGAGAGUGCAAGUCUGUUGUCCCGCCCCGCAUUUGCAGCGUGUCUUCACGCGGGGACGUGGCCGCGUGGUGAAGGGGCCUGGACAAGGGGCUGUGCGGAAGAAGUUAGUGAGUGGGAUGGUGACUCGGUGUGGGGCAUAACGUGGGCGCUCAUCGGAGGCACGCACGCUGGAGCGAGGGAGAUCUCCGGUAUUGUGAAACCGAGUGCGGGUGGAGUGGGCGCAGACUAGAUUGAAGGCUGCCCCAAAAGGAGGCCGGCAGUGUGACGCUGCACGACCAAGGCGCAAGCAGCCGACGCGCUGUAAGCAAGGCAAAUGCAUUCGCAUUGUCGCUCCCAUAUGCCUGUCUUGGGCGCUUCAGCCACCUGUCCCAGUACGGUAAGCCUGAUCAGUGGUGAUGCAAGCCCCGCGAUGGUACUGUGCGAGAACAUUCACGGCUGGCGCCCCAGCCCUUGGUUGAAGCGGCACAUGCAGGCUGUUGGGGUCUCCUGAACAGUAUUGUAAUCACACGGACCA